GCUGUAGUUGCAGCGUCGCCGGCGCGGCCGCCAUUGUCCGGCGGGCGGCGAGUCCCGCGGUCCCUGUAGCGGGUGGGGCUCUCUGGUUCAGGUUCACCUCGGGCGCCAGUCCUCGACCUGUCGGCCCAGGAUGGACCCCGAGGAGGAAGUGGCGACACUGGCGAUGGCUACGGGGCCGCCGGCGGAACGGCUUCAGGAGCCGGUGACUUUCCGGGACGUAGCUGUGGACUUCACCCAGGAGGAGUGGGGGCAGCUGGGCCCUGCCCAGAGGACCCUGUACCGUGACGUGAUGCUGGAGACCUUCGGGCACCUGCUCUCUGUGGGGCCUGAGCUUCCCAAACCCGAAGUCAUCUCCCAGCUGGAGCAAGGGGCUGAGCUAUGGCUGGCAGAGACAGGAAUUGCCCAGGGCCGCUGUCCAGGCUGGGGGCGUGGACCUGAGGGCCGAGCACCGCCCCAGGAGCAGGGCCUUCCUGAGGAGAAGGGACGGGAAGGCUUCCUGGGGGAGGCUCCGUGUCCCGCUACACCGGGGGAAGACUGGGAAUAUGAGAGCCGGAUACAGGGGCCCGAGAAGGACCAGGGUAAUUUGAGGCAAUUGGAAUUCAGCCUGAAGGAAGCACUGGUUCAAGAUGGAAGCCACGGAAGUCUCAGACUUGGGGAAAACUGUGUCCUGAGUCCAAACCCAAAUCCCUUCCCGGAGACUUCCAGGACAGAGUGUUUGUGUGCUCCCGACUCAUGGGUUACAAGCUUGCAGCAGAACCCGAGUGCAGUCGGUGAGCAGAUGGGCUCCUCGGGAAGACAGCCGCAUGACAACAGUGACCGCAGCAACUCUUCUGGUCAGGCGGCUCUGGAACCAGAACCCGAGCCUGCGCGCAGCCAAGUGCCGGACAAACCCUACAAGUGCGCGGACUGCGGCAAGUCCUUCAACCACAACGCGCACCUCACGGUGCACCGGAGGAUCCACACGGGUGAGCGGCCGUACGCGUGCAAGGAGUGCGGCAAGGCCUUCAGCCAGAACUCGUCGCUGGUGCAGCACGAGCGCAUCCACACGGGCCACAAGCCCUACAAGUGCGCGGACUGCGGCAAGUCGUUCUGCCACAGCACACACCUCACGGUGCACCGGAGGAUCCACACCGGGGAGAAGCCCUAUGCGUGCCAGGACUGCGGGCGGGCCUUCAACCAGAACUCGUCCCUGGGCCGCCACCGGCGCACGCACACCGGGGAGAAGCCGUUCACCUGCAGCGUGUGCGGCAAGGCCUUCUCGCGCACCACGUGCCUGUUCCUGCAUCUGAGGACGCACACGGCCGAAAGACCCUACGAGUGCAGCCGCUGCGGCAAGGGCUUCCGGCACAGCUCGUCCCUGGCUCAACACCAGCGCAAGCACGCCGGCGAGGGCCCCUACGACUGCCGCCAGAGGCUGGCCUUCGAGCCCACGCCGGCGUGGCCGAAACCCCUGACCCCUGGGGAGGGGGCUCCCCGCAGCGACAGGCCCUUCAGGUGUGGCCAGUGCGGCAAGUGUUUCACGCAGAGCUCGCACCUCAUCCGACACCAGAUAACGCACACCAGGGAGGCUCCCCGAGGCCGGGGCCGGCGGCGCCCGCAACCCUGCGGCCAGAGCCCGCACCUCGGGCGGCACCAGAUCGGGCCCACGGGUGAGAGCCCUGGGGCCGGGACGAAGGCAGGGCAGCCGGCAGGCAGGGCACUGGCCCUGUUUGACAUCCACGAAAUCAUGCAAGAGAAAAACCCAGUGCACGUUAUUGGGGUGGAAGAGCCUUCUGUGGGCACGUCCGUGUUGUUUGACAUUAGAGAAUCCACCUAG